AUGGUCAAGGUGGCAGAGAAUCGCGUGAUUGAUCUUGACGUCUUCCCUGGUGAUCCAAAAGGUGACCAACUUGCAGAGCAAACAAGGGCCGCCGUCUCAGGAAAGCUUCCUCAAGAAGGAGCCCAAGGCGUUUCUGCCAAUUCACAAAGCGCAAUCACUGCACUUGGUGGUACUGUCGGAGGUGGUGUGAAAGGCGUUGUUGACACGCUUGGAAAUACUGUUGGAGCAUUAGGUGAAGGGGUAACGGGUACUGUGCAAGGCGUUGGUGACGGUGUUGGAAGUACUGUUCAAUUCGCUGGUGGAGCAGUAGGAGCUGGAGCAGGUAAACUCGGCAACAUGUUCACAGGAAGUAAGCAAGGCCAAUCUGAGGCCAUGAAGGACCAAAAAGCGAAUUUGAACGCAGAAUCAAAGAAGACCGAGGAAAUUGAAUCCGACAUUCCUACUUCGGUUCAAGAACACAGUAAAGAUGCUAAUAAUGCGGCCAAGAACACUCCGCAGAAAUCAGAAGGUCUCGAAGACCAGGGAGAAGAUAAAAUUGCAGGUGUAUCUUCGUCCUCGUCUUGA